AGCCAGGGACAUGCGUGGUGGAGGGCGAGACGGCGGCUCGGCGGGGUCAUCCGGGCGCAGGCGCAGUGCGGUGUUUGUCUGCCGACUGACGGGUGGCCCGGCGGUGCGCGGCGGCGGCGGCGGCGGCGGCGGCGGCCGGGGGGGAAGAUGGCGGCGUCUUCCCUGGAGCAAAAGCUGUCCCGCCUAGAAGCAAAACUGAAGCAGGAGAAUCGCGAGGCCCGGCGGAGGAUUGACCUCAACCUGGAUAUCAGCCCCCAGCGGACCAGGCCCAUUAUUGUGAUCACUCUAAGCCCUGCUCCUGCCCCGUCCCAGCGAGCAGCCCUGCAGCUCCCGCUCGCCAAUGAUGGGGGCAGCCGCUCGCCGUCCUCAGAGAGCUCCCCUCAGCACCCCACGCCCCCCGCCCGGCCCCGCCACAUGCUGGGGCUCCCAUCAGCCUUGUUCACACCCCGAAGCAUGGAGAGCAUCGAGAUUGACCAGAAGCUACAGGAGAUCAUGAAGCAGACUGGCUACUUGACCAUCGGGGGCCAGCGCUACCAGGCAGAAAUCAAUGACUUGGAGAACCUGGGUGAGAUGGGCAGCGGCACCUGCGGUCAGGUGUGGAAGAUGCGCUUCCGGAAGACAGGCCACAUCAUUGCUGUCAAGCAAAUGCGUCGCUCGGGGAACAAGGAGGAAAACAAGCGCAUCCUCAUGGACCUGGAUGUGGUGCUCAAGAGCCAUGACUGCCCCUACAUCGUGCAGUGCUUUGGCACUUUCAUCACCAAUACGGACGUCUUCAUUGCCAUGGAGCUCAUGGGCACGUGUGCAGAGAAGCUGAAGAAGCGAAUGCAGGGCCCCAUCCCCGAGCGUAUCCUGGGCAAGAUGACCGUGGCGAUUGUGAAGGCGCUGUACUAUCUGAAGGAGAAGCAUGGCGUCAUCCACCGUGAUGUGAAGCCCUCCAACAUCCUGCUGGACGAGCGGGGCCAGAUCAAGCUGUGUGACUUCGGCAUCAGCGGUCGCCUCGUGGACUCCAAGGCCAAGACGAGGAGCGCCGGCUGCGCUGCCUACAUGGCACCUGAGCGCAUCGAUCCCCCAGACCCCACCAAGCCUGACUAUGACAUCCGAGCCGACGUGUGGAGCCUGGGCAUCUCGUUGGUGGAGCUUGCCACGGGACAGUUCCCCUAUAAGAACUGCAAGACGGACUUUGAGGUCCUCACCAAAGUCCUCCAGGAAGAGCCCCCGCUCCUGCCUGGCCACAUGGGCUUUUCGGGGGACUUCCAGUCCUUCGUCAAAGACUGCCUUACUAAAGAUCACAGGAAGAGACCAAAGUAUAAUAAGCUACUUGAACACAGCUUCAUCAAGCGCUAUGAGAUGCUCGAGGUAGACGUGGCGUCCUGGUUCAAGGAUGCCAUGGCGAAGACUGAGUCGCCUCGGACUAGUGGCGUCCUGAGCCAACACCACCUGCCCUUAUUCAGGUAGCCAUGUGGUGGCGGCCAGCCCUGCGAGGGCCCAGGGGCAUGGCCACCAGCCCCCUUCCCACCUGGCCACCCAGCUGCCCACCAGGGGAGACCUGGGACCUGGACAGCUGCCGAGGGCUGAGGACAGAAAGUAGGGGGCGCCCAUCUACCCCUGACUCCCUGCCCACCAGCCCGGGGUCAGCCGGCCUUGUGCGUCCCCCCGACAGACACUGUGAACGGAAGGCGGCAGGCCGAGAGCAGACUCACUAUUUAUUCAUUUGUAACCUCUGGGCUGGGGCGGCCCCCCAGGGGCCGGGAGAGAGCCCCCUUGCCCACCCCACGCUCCUGGCAUCUGUCCAUGCACACGCUUGCUCUCCAUCUCCUUCUGUCCUCUCCCUCACUGCCUCUCUGUCUCUGUCUGGUGUUCCCUAUCUCCCUCGUUGCCCACACCUGGGCACUGACACCGGUGGCCCAGUCCACCAAGGCCUCCUGCAGUCCUUGCCCCCAGAGGGCCGUGGGGGCAUUGUGACUGUAUAUGGACUGGGAUUGGCUGGUGUGGUCCUCUCCCUCUCCCCCCUCCCUCUCCCUCUCUUUCCUCCCCAUCUUCCUCUCUUUCUCUCUCUCUCUCUCUCUCUUGAUCUCAGGGGGUCCUUUUUGGAGUUUAUUGUAUUUUAUUGUACUUGGUGGGGUGUUGGGGGGAGGGGGAGGUGAGCUUGUCCUCAAGGGGUGUCAGUACCUUCAGAAACUUUUACCAAAGUCAUGUUUAGCUGCUUGCUGUGAGGCCCCCUGACUGCCCUUGGCUGCUGGGGUCUUGGGGCGGGGGUGGGGUGAGCUGAAGGGCUGGGGGCUCCUCCCCAGAGGCUGGACACUGGCCACAGCCGGAAGGUGAGUUGAAAGAGCUCAGGUGGCACCAGGGGAGCACAGAGGCCACGGCCACGACAGGAUGGCCUUCAGGGAAGCUGACAAGGGGUGCAGUCAGAAAGCUGGUGACAGGAGUGGGUAGGGGGGCCCCCCAAGAGCAGGGGGGCCCUGGAGGGAAUCAGGGACUGAGGGUGAAGAGAGUGGGUGUGAAGGCUGGAGGAUGUGUGAGAGGGAUGGGGGGGCAGGCUUGAGUGCAGAGGGAGGCCGUGGGGAAGGGAGAGUGGGGUGACUACCCCCACCACGCCCCUGAGCAGCCCUCAGCUCGCCCGGAGCUGGCCAGCCCCAGCCCACCUUGAGGCCUGGGAUGGGGAAAAGCCUGGCAUCCACCCGGGACCCCAGCGCCCACCACGGUGGCCAAGGGCAGGAUGGGGAGUGUUUUCCUUUUUGUUGGUGAUGCAUGCAAAUCACAGUGAACAAGAGAACAAAAAAAUAAAAAAUUAUAUAUAUACAUAUAUAUAUGUGUGUGUGUGUGUAUAUAUAUGUAUAUACACAUAUAUACAUAUAUACACACACACACACACAUAUAUAUAUCUCCACAAAAUGCAACGCCAAAGGUGAGCGAGCUGGCUGGCUAGUGAGGUGGAGCCAGCUCAGCCAGCAUGGCGGCCCGUGCCUCUCUAUUAAUUUAUAUUCACACCACGGAAUGCCGCAUGCUUAAACCAGAGUAGAUGCCUCCUCCCUCCCCCCAGGGGGGACAGCCACCUUCUUGUGUCCCUUGCCCCCUUUGUGGGGGGGCGGAGGGGGGGCUAACAGACCUGGACCCCAUACCCUCUCACUGAGGCCAGCCCCAGUGUAGGCAGCUUGGAAGGUCACUUGGCUGGUCCUAGGGCCAGCACAGGUGUGAGACUACGCUGCCUGUGUUUUGUUUUAUUUUUAAAUUUUUAUUUAACUUUAUUUUCUGUUUUGUGAGCGUGUGUCUACCCCACCCCUCCCUUCAGUGUUACAUGGGAGCCCUAGGGGAGUCUCCUACCUCCCCCUCCUCUCCCAAGAUGGCCCCUCCGUCACCAGCCCACCCCUCUGGACCUGGCAGAGGGUUGGAUGGGGUCGGUCAGGGCCUGGAUGGCCUGGUCUGGUCCAGCCUGCUGGCCCACGGACUCCUCAGGCCACUAGUGUUGCCCUGUCCCUUUUUAAAAUAAAAUGCCCUUGUUUGUAAGCCCUUAGAUGCUUGAGAAUAAAGCCCCUCCCUUUUCUUCUGAG